CAUGAGGGGAAUCAUACUAGCUCUGCUUCUCGCUCUAGCGGGAAGUGAAAAGUCACAAUAUGAACCUUUUUUCAGUGAGAGCAAGACAUAUGUGUACAAUUACGAAGGCAUUAUUCUUAAUGGAAUCCCAGAAAAUGGUUUGGCCCGGUCUGGUAUUAAACUGAACUGCAAGGCUGAGAUCAGUGGCUAUGCCCAGAGGUCCUACAUGCUAAAGAUUCGAGAUCCAGAAAUAAAGGAAUUCAAUGGCUUGUGGCCCAAAGAUCCAUUCACCAGAGCCACAAAGCUGAGUCAAAUCCUUGCAGAGCAUCUGACAAGACCUGUGAAGUUUGAAUAUAGGAAUGGGCAAGUUGGAAAUAUCUUUGCUGCGGAGGAUGUUUCAGAGACAGCACUUAACAUCCAGAGAGGAAUCCUGAACUUGCUUCAACUUACUAUCAAGAAGUCCCAAAAUGUGUACGAUUUGCAAGAGGACAGCAUUAGUGGUGUUUGUCAUACAAAAUAUACAAUCCAAGAAGACAAGAAAGCAGAAAGACUGACUGUGAUGAAAUCUAGGGACUUUGACCGAUGUGAGUCCAGAGUUGAAAAGAAAAUUGGAGUUGCUUAUUUGGAAACUUGUACUCAAUGCAAAAAGAAAGUACAACAUCUUCGAGGGUCUGCUACUUUCACCUACAAAUUGCAAAACAAAGACCAAGGUGCCCUGAUUGUAGAAGCCUCUGCCAAGCAAGUUUAUCGCUAUGCCCCAUACUAUGAACUAUAUGGUGCUGCUGUUAUGGAAGCAAGGCAAAUACUUACUUUGGCUGAGACUAAAAGCAACAGAGUUAGUGAAUCUCAGGUUCAGCUAACAAAACGUGGUGGAUUAAAUUAUCAUUUCUGGCAAGAAGAACAUCAAAUGCCAUUCCAUUUGCUGAAGACUAAGAACGCAGAGUCACAGGUAGUGGAAACUCUGCAACAUCUGGUACAGAACAACCAAGAAUUAGUUCAUGGAGAAUCUACAAGCAAAUUUUUUGAACUUGUCCAGCUCCUGAGAACCACAAACCAAGAAAAUAUUCAGGCUAUUUGGAAACAGUUUUCUGAUCGACCUCAGCACAGGCACUGGCUGGUAAAUGCAAUCCCUAUGGCAGGAUCAGUUGAUGCAUUAAAGUUUAUUAAGCAAAUGAUUCAUAACCAGGACAUGACUCAUCAAGAAGCAGCCACAGCGAUACUCAUGGCCAUGCAUUACACAAGAGCCAGCCAGCGUGCAGUGGAAAUAGCAGCUGAUUUGGUGACAGAUUCCAGAGUCAAGAAUGCUCCUUCUCUGUAUAAAUCUGCCUUGCUGGCCUAUGGUUCUCUGGUUUACAAAUACUGUGUUGAUUCUCAAUCUUGCCCUGAAGCUGCAUUACAGCCCCUUCAUGAAUUUGCUGCUGAAGCUGCCAACAAUGCUCAUCAGGAGGAAAUCACUUUGGCACUGAAAGCUAUUGGAAAUGCUGGGCAGCCUGCAAGUAUUAAGCGCAUACAGAAAUUUCUGCCAGGAUUUUCCUCUGGUGCCUCCAGACUCCCUGUUAGGUUACAGACUGAUGCUGUGAUGGCUCUGAGGAACAUUGCCAUAAAAGAUCCCAGAAAAGUGCAAGAAAUUCUUCUUCAGCUGUUCAUGGACCGUGAUGUUCACCCUGAAGUUCGAAUGAUUACAUGUGUAGCUCUCUUUGAGACCAAUCCUGGAAUCGCUAUUGUAACUGCUGUUGCUAAUGCAGUAUUGAGAGAGAGUAAAGAUAACAUGCAGCUGGCUAGUUUUACAUAUUCACACAUAAAAUCACUAUCAAAAAGUAUGAUGCCAGAGUUCUAUAACCUAGCUUCAGCUUGCAGAGUAGCCUUAAAUAUUAUGAAUCCAGUCUUUGACCAGCUGAGCUUCCGCUACAGCAAAGCCUUCCAUGUGGACACUUUCAACUAUCCCAUGAUGGGUGGACUUGCUCUAAAUGUAUUUUUCAUAAACAGCCCGAACACUGCGUUCCCUGUGUUUGCACUAAUUAAAGUCAGAGAAUGCUCUUUUGGGGCUUCAACUGAUGUUUUUGAGGUUGCUUUAAGGGCAGAAGGUCUCCAAGAGGUCAUAAGGAAGCAAAACAUUCAGUUUUCUGAGUUUUCCAUGCAUAAAAAGAUUGUAAAGAUUCUCAAAGCUUUGAUGGCUUAUAAAGAAGCACCUGCUAAUGUGCCUUUGGUUUCCGCAAGUAUUAAACUGUUGGGUCAAGAAGUCAACUUUAAUCAGGCCACCAGAGACACCAUCCAAAAUGCAAUGAAGCUACUGAAUGAACCAGCAGAAAGGCACACAAUGGUUAAAAAGAUCCUGAACAAGCUUCUCAAUGGGGUUACUGGACAAUGGUCUCACCCUAUGCUGGUUGCAGAAGCUCGACACAUUGUUCCAACCUGUGUUGGCCUUCCAUUGGAGAUUGCUACACACAGUGCUGCUGUGGCAAACGCUGCUUUAAAUGUUGAUAUGAAAGUGUCACCUUCCCCAUCAAAUGACUUCAGCCUAAGUCAGCUGCUCGAGUCAAACAUACAGCUUCACACAGACAUGUCUCCAAGUGUUUUGAUUCAUCUUGUGAACACAAUGGGAGUGAAUACACCUCUGAUUCAGAGUGGACUUGAAUUUCAUGGAAAAGUUAGAAUUCAAACCCCUGCAAAAUUUACAGCCAAAUUAGACAUGAAAGAUAAGAAUUUCAAAAUUGAGACUCCACCUUGCCAGAGAGAGGUUGAACUUGUAACAGUAAGACAUCAAAUGUUUGCUGUGACAAGAAAUGUGGGACAGCAGGAUUCAGAGAAGAGAAUGCUAGUGAUGCCGAAACAACAUGGUCCAUCUACCAUGGAGCAACACUUUGAAAAAUCUGGGAGAACUUCAGCAGAAUCAGCCAGCAUGAUGGAAGUAUCGUCAGAAAUGGGAAUAAGGAAUAAGAAUGCUCAACACCAGCACAUACUUAACAAUGUUGAAUCCUAUCGUUAUUGCUUCCGACUUUCUAAACUGAAUAUAAAUGCCUGUCUUCAGUCCAAAUUAAACACUGUACAGGGCGACAGGCGAUCCUUCCUAUAUGAAAACAUUGGGGAACAUGAGAUUAAAUUUUUACUGAAACCAACUCAAAACGAACCAGCCAUUGAAAAACUGCAGGUGGAGAUUACAGCUGGACCUAGAGCAUCCUCAAAAAUAAUAGCUUUGGCAGAAGUGGAGGAAAAAGAAGGAGAAAACUUGGAUGAAUCUGCAGUGCAAAAGAGGCUAAAGAUCAUUCUUGGAAUCAAUGAGGAAGAGUAUAGCGCAAGAAAUAGCAGUUUAGUUCGUAAGGCGUCAAAGAAAAGGAAAGUUAAAAAGACUAAAGAUGCUGGAGAAACUGAUGUUCUUGAGGCUGAACGAAAAUGGCAGCAAUCCUCAUCUAGCUCAUCUUCAUCCUCUUCUCCAUCCUCAUCUUCAUCCUCCUCUUCAUCCUCCUCUUCAUCUUCCUCCUCAUCUUCCUCCUCAUCAUCAAAAUCAUCAUCCUCAUCCUCAUCAUCAUCUCCCCAGAGAAACAGCAGAAAUAAGGGUAUCAAAGUUGAUGUACUUUCCCGUGUGUCUAAGCGUCAGCAGGAAAAGAACAAAGACACACAUGGUCAAACUGGCCGAAAUAAGCAUAGAGCCAGCAGCAGUGAGAGCAGCAGCAGUGAGAGCAGCAGCAGUGAGAGCAGCAGAAGCAGUGAAAGCAGUAGCAGCAGCAGCAGUGAAAGCAGUAGCAGCAGUGAAAGCAGUCGUAGACAUGGCAAGAGUGGAAAACAACAACAGGGAGAUAGAGAGCAACAGAGAGAGAAGCAAACACAUCAGAACAAACAGAAACAGCAGAAGCAUCGCAGCAGGCAUCCUCAGGACCCAUCACAGAUGCCUCCCCAAUUGUAUAAAUUGAAAUUCCAGCGACCAUACAAACAACAAUACAAGGGUAUGUCAGGUCAGUCAGAGUCUUCCGAAAGCAGCAGCAGCUCCAGUUCUUCAAGCAGUAGCAGUGAAUCAGCCAGAUCCCCACAUCAUAAGAAAUUCCUUGGUGACAAAAAAUCCCCAACUGUUGUCAUCACUGCUCAAGCUGUGAGAAAUGAUAACGUCAAACAAGGGUACCAGGUCAUUCUCUACACAGACGACACUACAAGACCCAAGAUGCAAGCCUAUCUGGUAGACAUAACUGGAAAGAGCAGGUGGAGAGCUUGUGCUGAAGCUUUUGUCAGGAAUCCACACGAAGCUCAGGCUGAACUGAAAUGGGGUCAGAACUGCAAGCAAUAUAAAAUGGAAUUCAUAGCCCAGACUGGAAUAUUUGGAAAUCAGCCUGCACUAAGAUUAAGAGUAAACUGGCCCAGAAUUCCUUCCAAAUUGAAAUCAGUUGGUGAAGAGGUUGGUGAGUUUUUGCCAGGAGCAGCUUACAUGAUGGGCUUAAACACCAAAUUCCAAAGAAAUCCAUCUAAACAAGCAAAGUUCAUAUUUUCUCUUAGCUCACCCAGGACUAUGAAUGCUGUCAUACAAGUGCCAUGGGCAACAUGCUAUUAUCAGGCCAUAAAUCUUCCUUUUGCAGUCACAGCAGCUUAUCAUCUGCACUCAUCUGAUAUUCAAGCCCCUACCUGGAAUAUUUUUGCUAACUCAUAUAGUUCAAUGGUGGACAGACUCAGCGGAGAAUGUACAAUGUCUAGUGACCAAAUAAAAACAUUCAAUGAAGUCAAAUUUAACUACACUCUGCCUGGAAGUUGCUUCCAUGUCUUGGCUCAAGACUGCAGCACUGAAUUGAAGUUCUUAGUGCUGGCAAAGAAAUCUCCAGAGUCUUCCGAACUGAGAGACAUUAAUAUCAAACUUGCAGACUAUGACAUUGACAUGUACACAUCAUCUGAAGAAAUCAGAUUAAAGGUCAAUGGUCUUGAAGUGCCAAAGGAGAAGCUACCCUACAUUGCAAGCACAAAUCCAAUAGUGGAGAUUAAAAUGGAAGAAGGAGCCCUUGUUUUAACAGCUCCAGUUUUUGGUAUUGAGCAACUUUAUUUCAACGGCAAAUUAACCAAGCUUAGAACAGCAGUAUGGAUGAGAGGAGGCACCUGUGGCAUUUGUGGUCGACAUGAUGAUGAGACAGAGCGAGAGUAUCAGAUGCCUGAUGGAUAUGCUGCAAGAGAUGAGAACAGUUUCACGCACUCCUGGAUUCUCCCAGAGGAACCCUGCUCUGGAACUUGCAAGCUGCAGCACACUUCAGUAAAACUUGAGAAAACAAUCCAUAUUGAUGACCAGAAAUCCAAAUGCCAAUCUGUCCGGCCAGUUCUUCGUUGUGUGAAAGGUUGCUCACCAACCAGUGUUACCCCAGUAACUGUUGGCUUCCAUUGUCUUCCUUUUGAUGCCUCUACAGAUAUGUUGGAAAGUCAGAACAUAAUGGGCAAGACUGAAGAUCUGGUUGAGACAGUAGAUGCUCACACAGCCUGCUCCUGUGAAGCACUGAAAUGUGCAGCAUGAUCCACCCAUACCCACAUUACAGGAAGCAGUUGACAAUAUCUCUAUAUCUCUAUCAAAUGAAUAAGCUGUAAUAUCACUGAUGAUGAUAAACUGAUCUAAAUUUCAAACCAAAUGUAUAUUAUACUAUUGUAAACAAUUCAAUUUUAAAUAAAUAUUUGCAUCCACA